CCUGGGUCCAGAAGAGACCAGGUCCACAUGGGUCUGUAUGGGUCUCUCCGCUCAGGCGGACGGCGGCGGCGCUCGUCCUCUCGUCUCGGACGUCUGCUUCGUCAGAGCUCCGCCCGGCGUCCACCGCGCCCUGGUCUGCGAGGCGGUCGACGCCCUCAGCUUCCUGAUGGUGGGCGGGGCCGAGGAGCUGCUCAGCGGGGUCGUCAGGGUGGGGCUUCGACCGGGCGCCGUCUUCCCGUUCCCCGUCGCCGUGGCGGUCCCUUUCUCCGCACGUUACCGUGGCAACUACAGGGAGGUGGUGGUGAAGGUGGUGGACGCCGAGCGGAGGGUGAACUACAUCCACCCGGUGGUGACGGAGGGGAACUGCGACGGACAGAGGUCCUCAUUGGCUGAGGUGCGGGUCUACGCCCUGGGUCUGUUCGCUGUGGUUUCCCGUUUGAAGAAGGAGACCUUCACCGUCCCCAGAACAGGGUCCUCCUUCAAACUGACCACCGAUCCACGGGUCGGCCUCACAUACCUCCCACAAUCCUUCACUGCACCGGUGAUGAUCCAGGCCUCGGUCCAGCCGUUGGACGCCGUCCUUCUGGCCUCGGUCCGGUCCAGGACGGAGGUCUACCACCCGGUGGUGUCCACCAGCCCCAUGCUCUACCUCACCCACCCGACAUCUCAACCCCUGAGGAGGACCAUGACCCUGACCCUGCCCUGCCCCCCCAACCCCACCAAGAAGAGGGCGGGGCCUGUGGAGGAGCUGAAGACCCGGUCGGUGGGCGGUUCUUUAUCGUGGGAUCAUCACGUCAACAACAGACUGAGGGCUUUGGAUCGUCAUGUAAAGGCAUCUGCAGAGGUUUCCAUGGAUCUGCUGAUGGUCCUGGUCUACAGAGACAAAGAGUGGAGUUUGAUGGAGGACGUCAACGUGAAGAACCAGCAGAAAGGACUGGUGUCCAUGGAGCUGACAGAGAACAUCCACAGAGUCCUGGUGCUCCGCCUCCAGUCGCCCGUCCAGCCCUGUCAUCUGCUCUCAUUGGCCGAGGACCUGGAGGACACCGCCCGCCGCCACGCGGUCACCGUCAUCCUCCAGCGGCAGAAGGACGACCCCCGCGCCGUCCUGGUGUCCGCCCUCCCCAGCAGAGACCUGGAAUGGGAGGUGUCCAGGCUCCGGGCCCAGGGGUACGCCGGCGCCGUGGACGCCUCCCACGAGGUUUCAAUGUGCGAAGGAGAUCAGCUGAUCCUGAGGUUCAGCGGAAACAUCACUUCAACAGGUAAGGGGGAGGAAGUCUUCGGGAUCAUCUCCAAACUCCAUCUCGUAUCUGCACCAGGGUCAAACCAGAACCAGAACCAGAACCUGGUCCCUGAGCGCCUGACCUUCCACAGUCAGCGGAGGAACCAGAUCCGGGUCCGUCUGACCCAGGUGGACCCGUUUGGGAACCACAGCUCCCAGCACUACAAGGGGACGGCCAUGUUCUACAAGGUCAGCCGGGCUCACGUGGACCGGACCCGAGACCAGCUGACGGACCAGGAGGUUCUGGGGGAGCCGUCCAGUCCCUUCCUGUCCACUCAGUCCAGUCCCUUCCUGUCCACUCAGUCCAGUCCCUUCCUGUCCACUCAGUCCAGUCCCUUCCUGUCCACUCAGUCCAGUCUCUUCCUGUCCACUCAGUCCAGUCCCUUCCUGUCCACUCAGUCCGGUCCCUUCCUGUCCACUCAGUCCGGUCCCUUCCUGUCCACUCAGUCCGGUCCCUUCCUGUCCACUCAGUCCAGUCUCUUCCUGUCCACUCAGUCCAGUCCCUUCCUGUCCACUCAGUCCGGUCCCUUCCUGUCCACUCAGUCCAGUCUCUUCCUGUCCACUCAGUCCAGUCCCUUCCUGUCCACUCAGUCCAGUCCCUUCCUGUCCAGUCCCUUCCUGUCCACUCAGUCCAGUCCCUUCCUGUCCACUCAGUCCAGUCUCUUCCUGUCCACUCAGUCCAGUCCCUUCCUGUCCACUCAGUCCGGUCCCUUCCUGUCCACUCAGUCCGUCCGGUCCCUGUUGGACUCGGUCCUCCUCUGGUUGUCCACUCGUCUGUCCCAGGAGGACGUCUCUCUGCUGGUUCUGUCCCUCCGUCUCCGUCGCAGUACCGUCCAGUUGGUCCAGCUCCGGGCCGGGGGCAGUCCGGCGUCCCGGGCCUUCCAGGUCCUGGCCCUGUGGAGGCGGGGCCUGCCCACUGCCCCGCCCCCCCACCGCAACCUCAGCCACCUGGCCUCCUGUCUCGCCAAGAGUGGACGACCCGACCUGGGACAGGAGCUGCUGGACCGCCUGGCAUCUGGACCGGACCCUGGACCAGACCCUGGACCGGAACCUGGACCUGACCCUGGACCAGACCCUAGACCUGAUCCGGAACCUGCCUCUUGA